AUCUGUUUUAUUAUAUUGUUUUUGGUGGUGUUAAAAUAAUAAUACAUUGGUGAUAAUAGUGAUGUGCAGUGGCUUUAAUCAACAAUGAAAAUAAAAAAUCCGUUCAGUUUUGCACGAAUAGCCGAAUUAAGAUGGUUACUGGUAGGCGCGUGUAGCGGCACUGACAUGAAUCAAGGAGGAGUGAAGAAUGUCGUCACAGAGCCGACGCGCCUCGAGAACAAACGUGAGCGCCGUCGCGGCGCUGCGGGUCGCGCGGCUGCGUUGCGACGCGCGCCCUCCGACUCUGACUGUUCAGGGGAGACCGCCUCACUGUCAGCCGACAGCGGGGACCGCGCCCCUCGGCCGCCACCGCAGCCCACGCGAGCGGGCAAGAAUCGGGGUCGUCGCCGAGGCAGCGAAUGGGAGGUGUUGGAGGGUCUGAAAGACGGCCAGAGGUUCGAGAAGAGGCCGGACGUCUUCAACGGAUACCUACACAAGAAGAGGAAAUGGCCUCUCAAAGGAUGGCACAAGCGGUUCUUCGUCGUAGACGGUGGUAUCCUAGUAUACGCUCGGUCACCUACAGACGUGGCUCGGGGCCGACUCCACGGCUCAGUGGACGUCGGCCUGUCAGUCAUAUCAGCCAAAGCUAGACGGAGGCGUAUAGACAUUGAUGCUGAUGAGUUCAUAUACCACCUCAGAGCGAAGACUCCUGAUGUCUUCCGGACCUGGCUUAAUGUGCUGAAGGCUCAUAGGUUAUACCGACAACAUUUGUUAACAUUCGGUGCUCGGGAGUCGGUACCGAAGAUCCACGCGCCAUUAGAAGAUCUACCGCCCACAGACAAUUCUUCUCGUACCUCCCAUGAAAGCCUGGACACUUCCUCGGGCUCCAGCGACGACUCCCCAUUCCCCAGGAAGAAAGAACUAUCCCCAGAUGACUUACUUAAUAGUUCCUAUAACUACUACAGUCCACUCUCAUUCUCGCCCCCUAUAGACGAAGAAAAAGAAUAUAACCCUCCAACCACUAAAAUCUGCGAAAAUCACUUCAAUGAAAAACUCUUCAAUAACCAUAGAAGUCUAUGUUCUAUGAACUGUGUCGCCAGAUUUACUAAAGACAAGUUACAAAGAAAAAAGUCUCCAAACAUCUCAUUAGGUAGCACUGAAGCAGAGAAACAAAUACAUAGUACAGAUUUAGAUAUUAAUUCUAUUAAAACAAUAGAAACUGUCUUAGAAGAUGAAGUCAAAGCGCAAAGGCAAACGUCACCAUUUCUAGAGAAUAAGAUAGAACCUACCGCAACAUACUACUUUUUCACACGAAACAAAUCACGCUCCUCAAUUAUCAAUUCGCCAAUGAAAAGGAGUAAGAAAUCUACGAAUUUGGUCAAAUAUAAGAAUUUUUUUGAAGAGCCUACUUUAAGGAGACCACUAAGUAAAUGCAUGUUACUUGGCAAAUACAAAAUUAACACUGAGAAAAAUUCUGAUAGUGAGAAGUUAAAUAAUUCCGAGAAGAAUACAGACCGCGACGUGGCUUGUGAGACUGUUCAAACAGAGAGCAAUGAAGUCCAAGUGACUAUUAUAGAAAAUAAGGCGCUACAGGAUUCCAUGACGACAUCAGACUAUGACACCAUCACGGAACGACUCAUGGUGUCUAUAUUCGAAAAUGCCAAGAACACCACUGUCACUGACGUCAAGGUCUACAUACAACAAGUGAUAAAAGACUUAUAUGACGUCAAGUUUCAAGAGGUACAUCCCGUGAAAGCACUAUUUAGGAGCUUGCUAGAAUACUGGUUGAAGAAUACCACAGUAGAGCCAGUCAAAACAGCGAUGAGGCACAGUCGCUCUAUAGACAGACAAUCAAAUAAAUACUUCACAAAAGACGAGAACCUCUCAAGUGUUUAUAUUGGUCAUGUGUCAAAACAAACACAGUUUCACGGACUCAGUGAAAUGCUGUUUCAGUACAAAAAGAAACCGAAUACCACAAAACCUGUGACGAAAGCUCCAGACAGACCUCCCAAAAGCCCUAGCCCGAGAAGAGACACGGAGAGUUUCGAGAAAGAAAGAAGAAUACAAGAGCUGGAACGGUUACUCAAAAACACGGUGUACAUGUGUGAAACGACGAGAAGUAACCAACAGCGAGAUAUUAAAACAACUAAAACUCUGAUCGAUAAUAUUGGUAAACUCUCUCCAAGGAUGGAAGAGAAUACCUCGACCGAAAUCCCCAACGAGAAUUCCAAUUCUUCUACGGAAAAAAUACAGAAGACUUUGAACCAUCUUAUAAGUGAUACUUCGAUAUCUCCCGAUGUUGCUAAGGAGUUCUUUAGUGCGUACUUAGACGUUUUACUUAAAGAAGAUUACAAAAGCCUUUCGGAAAACAGUUCACCGUCCAGUGAACAUUCAGUGACUUCCAAAGGCUCUAAAGAACUUUCGUGUCAAGUACAGACGGAGGCCGUCACUAAAACAGCCUCAAAAAGCGUCACUACGUUAAAAGACACGGAAGUAUCAAAACCAAAGUCCGCUGAGGUUUUAAAAACUAUAGAUCCAGGCCAACUAUACCUCAAAGAGUUGUUAGAAAGAAUAACAACAAUAUUCUCUAAAGUAAAGAAGAUGGAGGACACGACGUGGACGAAUGAGAAGUCCCAUGAGAAUGUCAAAGAUGACAAACAGCCAGAACGUAAGGAUGAGUUGGGAAGGCCUAUCAAAGAAUAUCCUGGCAAAAACCUCAUCUAUGAGAAUAAUGACGAUAAUUCAGUGGUGAUCGACCUUUCUAAGUAUGAUCUGGAACAUAUAUCGAUGUACAGUGACCCUAAUUUACAAGGGAUCAUGUCAAUUUCUAUAAAACUUAAGGAGAAACCUCCGACAGUGGUCGAGAAUAAACACGCACACCUCAGUCUACAAUUCGCAGACUCUGAACGCGUAAAGGCAGAAUUACAAAAGGAAUUGAAAGAAAAUUGGCUGAAGUACAUCCAAAGCACAAACUCCAAUGAGAUAUUUCAGAAGAGGAGUAAAAGUCCAGAUACCUACAUGGAUUUACCUAAAGAGUUUGAUUUAAAACCAUACUCGAGUAGUAGUGACGCGACGUCAAAAGCUUACAAAAUUGUCCACGAGAGCGAACAUUCCCUAGACCUGUCAUUUAAGAGCAGUAAUAACUCCUUUCUAAGAGGGUUAGAUCCGAGGCCGUCUUUCGAGAACGAAAACACAUCAUGCUACAUCAUGUCCUUCAACAAAGAACCUACAAAAUUUCAGCCCAAAAAAAAGGUUAGGCUUAAAGACUAUAAUGGAAUAUCAAAGAGACGUUCACCAUGUCACUCUCCGACUAAGCAACCAGAAUUAUCUGUCUUCGAGCAACCAGCCCCAAGGGUGAUCGAUGAGAAAUUCAUACUAUUACUUUUAGAAAAUUUAUCACUAUUGUCGAAAAAUAUACCGAGUUUGCAUAAGGAUAUCAAUAAUUUAUUCAUGAAAUUAAGAAAGAAGCAUGAGAAGAUUUUAAAGAAUUGUGGUAAUAUAUACGGGUUGAGUCUGUUAGGUAAGAUUUAUAACGAGGAUUCAGAGAGCGGGACGUGUAGGAAGGAGGCGGCAACGCAAUGGGAUGUCGUCACUUGCUUUCCGAUAGGCGAUGACGUUUCCAUCACAGAAAAAGCAAUAAACACACGUAGCAGCACUAAUUUAAACCUUAAAGAUGCGAACAUAAGCGCUGUUAAUUUGCAGCUCGUGAUGAAUUCUGAAGUUCAAACAAAGAGUGAUUACGAUGAACUAAUGAUUUGCUACGAUCACGGACCUUCCUUGGGCGACACUUCACUUGCCGCGAACUUGGUAAAAGUCCACUCGAUACAUAAAAUUAAAGUAGAAAUUGAUAAGAAAUCAACUGAACAUGCAACCCCUAGUCCGCAUUGGGUUCACAAAAUUACUAAAGAAUGCUCAAUGACUACUCUGAUCAAACGUGUGUUAGAUCCAGAAGCGAAAAUCACUUCCAGUACAAAUGCUACAUGCAGAGAACAUAAUAAUGUAACUAAAAAGAAGAAGAAUUCAUCAAAAUUGCGUCAAGAUUUGAUCAAAGAAAUCGCGCUUUUAUCGCCUUCGUUUAAAGUUUCAACUCAAUCGCAGACGGAUAGGCGGUUGAUGCGUUUUGUUAGAGAGAAGUGGUUGGAGAAAGAUUUUAAAGUAUACCAGUUAUUUUAUAGUAAGAAGUACAAUGUUACUCGAGCGAGUUCUGUGACUGACUCGAACGUUGAGGUGAACCCGAGCGAUGAAUUGAAAACCUUAUAUCGACGUUCUAGUGAUCCUUCGUACUGCUCUGGGCUGUUGAGCCCCACCGGCGGGCCCAUCAGAGGCCCCCAAGCGGGGUUCGUGUCAGGCACCCCAGGAGGACGCCUCUCCGGCUGGAUCAUAGAGUCUGGAGGUCCGCUGGAGAACGCGUCCCGCGAGUUAGGCCAGGCGCAGCUGUCCGUGCAGCAGCUGCAGAGGUUGCUCGACGCGCUGGAGUUGCAGCAGCAGCUCCAUCAUGAUACUGAUGUAUCUCUGGAAGGCGCUUCGCCUAACGUUAAGAAGGACCGCCGCAAGUUCGGCUUGAGGAAGAAGAAGUCGAACAGCAAGUGUGCCUCCGUCGAACUACAAGCUUCUCACAUAGACCCGUCCAGUUCACAUAUGGCUUUAUCAGCGCUAACAGCGCCCCCCUCUCCCGGCGGCGGUGCGUCUUCAGUGCCCAACUCCGCCGCCUCCCUGCCCAUAGCUUUUCUAUCAACAUUUCUGGCAUCCACUUUAGUUCCGUGUGCAGCGGCUCGUCCCCAGUCACUACCUGGUGCUGAGACGUUAGCAACGGCUCCAGGACCUGCUUCCCUCACCAGCCUCACUCCUGACCAUCAGCUCAGGGAAGAUUUCACCGUGCUAGCUAAGGAUCUAGUUGCUAAUCUGAAGACUGUUGUGGCUACGUUGGUCUGCGAGCGUGGUCGUCUCCGAGCGGCAAUGGACGCCGCGGAAACAGCUUCGACGCCCGGCGCUGUAAUGGCGGCGUUACGAACAAACCUCACUACAGCAUUACAACAGAAUUCCGAACUCCGCUCCCGCCUGUCGAGGAUACACGACGCGUCCGACCUGGCCGAGAUAUCGUCCGUCGGACCCAACUCUGAUGCCGUGAACAACCGUCAGUUCCAGCAGUCUCUAAGCUACAGCUCGUCCUGUGUGUCGGCCUCCGAGUUCUUCGACGCGGAGGAGCACGACUCCGACCAUAAACCGGCGGAGAUCAUAGCCGCUGAUGAGUCAGGAGUGAUAGAGCUGGAAGGCGACUCCUCAUCUGAAGCAGGUUCGCUGAGUAGCGAGGAAGGCUCAGCCAGCUCCGACAACUCUGAUGGUGCGAUAGUGUCGGCGGAGCAGGUGACGCUCCGCGCGACGGACGCGGGCCCGCCGGCGGGCUGGUCGCGGCGCACGCGCCUGCCCUCCACGCGGCCCACGCCCGGCGGGCCCAGUCUCUGGAACCUUCUCUACAAGAACAUCGGCAAGGAUCUAAGUCAGAUCUCCAUGCCUGUCACUAUUAAUGAGCCGCUUAAUAUGCUGCAGCGACUAUGCGAAGAACUAGAAUACUCUGAGCUCCUGGACUCGGCCGCUGAAUGCAAGAGUCCGAUAGAACGUAUGGCGCUCAUAGCCGCGUUUGCAGUGAGCGCAUAUGCGUCGUCCGCUCACCGCGCCGCGUCCAAGCCGUUCAAUCCUUUACUGGCUGAGACGUAUGAGUGCGUGCGUGAUGAUAAAGGGUUCCGGUUUAUUGCUGAACAGGUAUCCCACCACCCUCCAAUAUCAGCAUGCCACGCAGAAUCCACGCGAUGGUGCUUCUGGCAGGAAGCGAGGAUCAAAACCAAGUUCUGGGGGAAGUCCAUGGAGUUCCAGCCCACCGGGCGAGUCCAUGUCAAGUUGCUUUCUACUGGUGACCAUUAUAGUUGGAAUAAGGUAACGACAUGCGUACACAACCUGUUCGGUGGGCAGCGCUGGGUGGACCAGUACGGGGACAUGCACAUCGCAUGCCACGGCACUGACAUCACGUGCAAACUCAACUUCAUUAAGGCCAGUUCGUGGUCCAGCAGUCGGCACGAGGUCCGCGGCGCGGUACAGGGCGGCGGCGCGCGCCUGCGUCUGGCGGGCCGCUGGUCCGAGGCGCUCUACGCCGGGGACCCGCCCGCCGCCAGGUGUCUCUGGAGGCCCGGCGCGAUGCCCCCGGAGCACGAGCUGUACUACGGGUUCACUCGGUUCGCGAUGGAACUCAACGAACUGGAGCCCGCCAUGCGGGGGACUCUGCCACAUACUGACACACGACUCAGGCCGGACCAGCGCGCCCUGGAGGAGGGCGACGUGGAGGCGGCGGAGCAGCUGAAGCACCAGCUGGAGCAGGCGCAGCGCGACCGGCGCAGGGACGUCGCCGCGCACGCGCCCGCCUGGUUCCGAAAAACUCUGGAGAGCGGCGAGGAGACGUGGGUGUUCAACGGGGAGUACUGGAAGGCGCGCGAGGCAGGGUUCCCAGACGACGUUGCGCCUGCGAUAUGGUGACCGCGCCUACUCAUACUCCGUAAACCGCAGUGCGAAUGGCUCUGCUAGAUGGUUGUGUCUCGCUUCCCGCUUAGCGAUAAAUUAGAGUUUUAUUAUAGACUUUAAUUAAUAAAAUAUCCCUUGUUAUUGUGACGACUAGUUAGGCUGUGCUGUACAGGCUAUAUCUUGACUGAGAUGGCGGCUAAAUACUGAUAGGUAAGUGGCUUUUAAGAUGUUAUAGUCAUGUUUGUAGUUAUUUUAUAGUUCAGAUAUAAAAAGUACCUAAACAUGGAUAACUCCGUCAGUAAGAUAAUGAAAAAAUACUAAACACGUUAUGUUUUGUCAAAAUGGGAAAGUCAUUACUUCGAUAUAGACAAUUUAAAUUGAAAAUUGAUUGUCCCUUUGAGAUACAACUAUUUUAUAGUAAUAAUAAUGAAUUGAAAUGAAGACAGACUACAGUAAUAAUGAAUUAAUGACUAUAAAAUAAAUAUAAACAUUGAAGACAGUGUUUUAAUGAUUUUGAAUAAUGUUUUACUCGCAAGUUUCUUUUCACAAUCAACAAACUCAACGUAGAAUAUGCGAUAAUCAUUAUUCAUAGUCAUAAAUAACAUGAAUAAUAUUUCUGAAUAUUAGCUUCUUUAUCUAUCUUGUUUAGACGCCAUCUUUGAAGCGUUAUAAGUAGGUAUAUUAUUUAGUAUAUCAAUUUCAAAAGUAUUAAAUGCAAAAGUUGUCAUUUUUGCGCAGGUUAGGUGGCGCUUCUAGCGAGUUAAGUCCUGUCAGUUUAAAUUAAUUAUUGUUCUUAAUUAUAAGCGUGGAUAUUAUGGCAAUCCCUUCUUGUGUUGAAGAGUCCUAUAAUCCAGCAGUGGACCAUCAUGGGCGGCUGAUGAUGAAGGUUGACAUUAAAUGGUGUUCUCUCUAUUUAAAGCCAUCUAGCGGUUAAUUAAUGUAACUUAUCCGUUAUUGUAAGCUAAAUAAUAUACCUACAUGUAUACCAUUAGGAUCAUGUUUAACAAUCACAUUUACAGUUCAUUCGUACGAUUUUAACUUUUAUUGCAUUUGUAAUAAGACUUAUUAGAACUGCAGAAGUUAGUCAAUUUUUCAUUUGCUUUAAAUGUCAUCCGUAUGUCUGUGCAAUAAGGGUCAAAAUCGAUUAAAUGAACUUUAAAUGUGUUUGUUAUUUCAAAUGUAUAAAAGCCUGAUGUUCAAUAAAUACGCUGUCAAUAUAUUUCAGCUCUGUGAUUAGUUGACGGGUACAACGGCAGCCAAUCACGAGCCGGGCUUAUGGAUAUUGUGAAAAAUAGCCUUCUGUUAUUGGUCGAUUAAUUUAUGAGAGAUCGAUAAAUAUUUACCAUAUACGUAGACUAUUGACUAUGGGUUUAGUACGGUAGAGGGUUGAUAAUCGAGAAAAUAAUGUGGGAAAUGGUAUUGAGACAAAAAUACUGUACAAAUUCUUACUAAAUAAUACGAUAUGAACUGUAGUCAUAGUGACGUGUCAACCCAAACGUCAUUUGAUUUUGACAGAUCUCAAACACCACAGACUAAAUUUUGUACGUCAUAGAUCUCGCAUAAUUUUCUCGUUUAUACGGCCAACAUGUGACAAAGUUGGUUAGUAGAAUUAUUUGUAAGGAUAGAAAAGUUCGGAUGUAUUAAGAUAUUCAAUUUGUACCUGUAAUCUAUUGAAGUUAUAUUUACAAGGGUUUCUCAUGUUUUUUCUACUUUUAUUACGGACUUAUCUGUUCAGUAGACUAUGUCUUAACAUAGGCACAACAAGCUACCCUAAACUGUCGAUUUAUUUUCAACUUUGUUACAAUCCCGUUAAGUUCAAAAUGUAUUGGACGGUUUGAGGAAGCUUGAAAUGUAACCGUCUGGUUGCCUAGUUUAGCAGAACGCUAUAGUUAUCUUUUCAGUGCCACUAGACAAAUGACAUUUAGAGGUUAGUCGACUAAAUUGAACAGAAAACUCAAAGAAUGGUAUUGACAUUGACAUUCAAUUAACCAUGUCAAACUAAUCCAACUUAUGUCAACUAAUGUCAAUCUCGUCUAUUCUCUUGUUCGUCUAGCUUCUAUAUCAUUUGUUUAGUGGUAUAGGGAGAUCUGUUCAGAUAAGUUCAGUAUCUCACCAUCCGUAUAUCACACGAUUUCUUUGCAAUAUUUUACUUGAAACUGACAUCGAUAAUUCCUACUAAUGCACUUUUAAUAAUAAUAGUACAAAUAAACCUGUAUGUAUAGGAUUGACAGUAUAUUUUAAUUAUACAAUGUUGUCGAGAUGAAAAAUUAUUUUUAUGAAGUGGAAAUAAUUGUUACUGGUAGUGCAGACUGGUCUAUUGUACAUUAUAUGUAUUUACGUAUAUAUAUGUUUACUGGUGCAAGUAGGCAGUCGUGAUAGGUAUAGGGUCCGAACAAAAAAAUAUUUGUACUAUUUGACAUAUUGUUGAUCACAGGGCCCUGACAAUGUCUCAAUGUGAAGUCUCAAUUGUCAUCGAAGAUUUUCUUUUUUGCGCUCAUAAGAGGGCGCUAGUAUCGCAGGAUCCUAUUAGUCCAAUCAGCUGUACUGUUCCAAGUUAAAUGUAGUUGGGCGAUUACAAAUGUGCGAACUGUCACGUGUCAGCAAUGUGACAAUGCCGCAUAACUCGUAUAAGUGUGAGCAAGAGAUCAGAUAAAAAAUAUUUAUGAUACUUUGCACGUUUGUGCUCAACUAUAUUAAUUUGACUUUAUCAAAUAUUCUUUCGGGCAAUUAGACCUUAAGCUACACUAGCACCUCUAGUGGCGCGAUAACUUCAUUAAAUCUAUUUUUUCGAAGACGUCUAUGAUCUGGGUGUCUUCAAAAUACGAGUGAAUAUGUUGAAUGAGAAGUGGCUUUGCUCAGCAGUGGGCAUUUAAUGGCUGAUGAUGAUGAUGAUGAUGAUGAUGAUGAUGAUGGGUCGGGUUGAGACGGCCGUAUAAUCGCUUAUCAUGAGGUUAAAUAGUGGUAAAAAAGUGACAAUGGUCGCCAAUAUUCUUGAUAUUUCGGAAUUAUAAUAUUAGCUCGCCACCAACAUUUCUUAUUGAGACUUUACUUGACACCUUUGUGAAAUAUUUACGUAACGUUACAUCAUAUAUCAUGGCCUCAUGGGUUUUGUGUCUACGAUAUGUCACAUAGGACAAAAAUAUAGGGAAGCAAUGUAUAAAUACGAUCAAUAUCUCACUCCAUAUUUGUUGAAGACACCUUUUCUUGAGCAGUUAAUAACUUUAAAAAUUGCUAUGCUAUUUUUUACUUCAAUAUUGUAACAAGCUUAGAACAGUUGUAUGGCUCUUCGUAUUUCAAUUAAAAGUAGACUAUCGUUAAUUUGAUGUUCUGGGCCUUUAGCCAAACGCCACUUUAGCGCUUGUCUACAGAGAGAGUAGAAAUCAAAAUGUAUAGGGAUGAA